GCGGCAGCGCGGAGGCUGCGCGGGGGAUGGCGGCGGCGGCGAGGCGGCGGCGGUGGUGAGGUCGGCGGCGCUGAGGCAGCGGCGGUGGCGCGAUGCCGGCGGCGGCCGGGGGGCUGCUGUGGUGGAGCUGCUGCGUGCUGGCGGCGGCGGCCGCCGGGGCCCCGCGGGCCGCCGCGGCGGCGCAGGCAGUGUGUGCCGGCACCGAGAACAAGCUGAGCUCCCUCUCUGACCUGGAGCAGCAGUAUCGGGCCCUGCGCAAGUACUAUGAGAACUGCGAGGUAGUUAUGGGCAACCUGGAAAUCACCAGCAUUGAGCACAACCGAGACCUCUCCUUCCUGCGGUCUAUCCGAGAAGUCACAGGCUAUGUUUUGGUGGCUUUGAAUCAGUUUGAAUACCUGCCAUUGGAGAACCUACGCAUCGUUCGUGGGACCAAACUCUAUGAAGAGCGAUAUGCUUUGGCGAUAUUUCUUAACUACAGAAAGGAUGGUAACUUUGGACUCAGGGAACUUGGCUUGAAGAACUUGACGGAAAUACUGAAUGGAGGGGUGUAUGUUGGCCAGAACAAAUUUCUUUGCUUCGCAGACACCAUUCAUUGGCAGGAUAUCGUGCGCAACCCCUGGGCCUCCAACUUCACUUUGGUUCCAAUGAAUGGCAGCUCAGGAUGUGGUCGAUGCCACAAGUCCUGCACAGGCCGAUGCUGGGGACCCACAGAGAAUCACUGCCAGACCUUAACGAAGACAGUGUGUGCAGAGCAGUGUGAUGGACGAUGCUAUGGGCCAUACGUCAGUGACUGCUGCCACCGGGAAUGCGCUGGAGGCUGUUCCGGACCUAAAGACACUGAUUGCUUUGCCUGUAUGAAUUUCAAUGAUAGUGGUGCAUGUGUCACGCAGUGCCCCCAGACUUUUGUAUACAACCCUACCACCUUCCAACUGGAGCAUAAUCACAAUGCCAAGUACACCUAUGGGGCAUUUUGUGUCAAAAAGUGCCCACACAACUUUGUGGUAGAUUCCAGCUCUUGUGUCCGUGCCUGUCCAAGCUCCAAGAUGGAGGUUGAAGAAAAUGGCAUUAAGAUGUGCAAGCCCUGCACUGACAUUUGUCCUAAAGCAUGUGAUGGCAUUGGAACAGGCAGUUUAGUGUCAGCUCAGACGGUGGAUUCCAGCAACAUUGACAAGUUCAUAAACUGUACCAAGAUCAACGGCAACCUUAUCUUCCUUGUUACUGGGAUUCAUGGGGACCCAUAUCACACAAUCGCUGCAAUCAAUCCAGAGAAAUUAAAUAUCUUCCAAACAGUGAGAGAGAUAACAGGGUAUUUGAACAUACAGUCGUGGCCUGAGAAUAUGACAGAUUUCAGGGUGUUUUCUAACUUAGUUACUAUUGGUGGAAGAGCUCUCUAUAGUGGCCUUUCCUUACUCAUCCUAAAGCAACAAGGCAUUACCUCUCUGCAGUUUCAGUCCUUGAAGCAAAUCAGUGCUGGCAAUAUUUACAUAACAGACAACAGCAAUUUGUGCUACUACCACACUGUGAACUGGACCAGCCUCUUCAGCACACCCAGUCAAAAGACAGUGAUUCAUCGAAAUAAAAAGGCAGAGAACUGCACUGCCGAUGGAAUGGUAUGUAAUGAGUUAUGCUCAAGUGAUGGCUGUUGGGGGCCAGGGCCAGACCAGUGUCUCUCCUGCAAGCGCUUCAUCAGGGGAAGGACCUGCAUAGACUCUUGUAACCUGUAUGAUGGGGAAUUUCGAGAAUUUGCAAAUGGUUCUGUCUGUGUGGAAUGUGAUCCCCAGUGUGAAAAGAUGGAAGAAAACAUGAUCACGUGCUAUGGACCGGGACCUGACCACUGCACGAAGUGUUUCCAUUUUAAGGAUGGUCCAAAUUGUGUGGAAAAAUGUCCUGAUGGCUUACAGGGGGCCAACAGCUUCAUUUUCAAAUACGCUGAUGAGGAUCGUGAGUGUCAUCCAUGUCAUCCAAACUGCACCCAAGGGUGCAUAGGGCCACGUAUUGAGGACUGCAUCGGCCUGAUGGAUAGGUGUAGAGGUCCCGCUAGUCAUGACUGCAUUUACUAUCCAUGGACACGACAGUCCACUUUACCACAACAUGCUAGAACCCCUUUGAUUGCUGCGGGAGUUAUUGGUGGCCUCUUCAUCAUCGUCAUUGUGGGCCUGACAUUUGCCGUGUAUGUUCGGCGCAAAAGCAUUAAAAAGAAGAGAGCAUUGCGAAGAUUCCUGGAGACUGAGCUUGUGGAACCCUUGACUCCAAGUGGCACAGCACCCAAUCAAGCACAGCUUCGUAUCCUGAAGGAAACUGAGCUGAAACGAGUAAAGGUUCUUGGCUCCGGAGCCUUUGGAACUGUAUACAAGGGUAUUUGGGUCCCCGAAGGAGAAACCGUAAAGAUUCCUGUGGCCAUUAAGAUCCUUAAUGAGACCACUGGUCCAAAAGCCAAUGUGGAGUUUAUGGAUGAAGCUCUUAUCAUGGCCAGCAUGGACCACCCGCACCUGGUGAGACUCCUGGGUGUCUGCUUGAGCCCGACCAUCCAACUAGUCACUCAGCUGAUGCCUCAUGGCUGCCUGUUGGAUUAUGUUCAUGAACAUAAGGACAAUAUUGGCUCCCAGCUUCUGCUAAACUGGUGUGUCCAAAUAGCUAAGGGCAUGAUGUACCUGGAAGAGAGGAGACUUGUCCACCGGGACUUAGCAGCCCGUAAUGUCUUGGUGAAAUCACCAAACCAUGUGAAGAUCACUGACUUCGGCUUGGCCAGGCUUUUGGAAGGGGAUGAAAAGGAGUAUAAUGCUGAUGGAGGGAAGAUGCCAAUUAAGUGGAUGGCUCUGGAGUGCAUACACUACAGGAAAUUUACCCACCAGAGUGAUGUUUGGAGCUAUGGAGUCACUAUCUGGGAGCUUAUGACCUUUGGUGGGAAGCCGUACGAUGGAAUCCCAACUCGAGAGAUCCCUGACCUCUUGGAGAAGGGAGAGCGGUUGCCCCAACCUCCAAUCUGCACUAUCGAUGUUUAUAUGGUGAUGGUGAAGUGCUGGAUGAUUGAUGCUGACAGUCGGCCAAAAUUCAAGGAGCUGGCUGCUGAAUUCUCUAGAAUGGCCCGAGACCCUCAGAGAUACCUAGUAAUUCAGGGAGAUGAUCGUAUGAAGCUCCCAAGCCCAAAUGACAGCAAGUUCUUCCAAAACCUUCUUGAUGAGGAAGACCUGGAAGAUAUGAUGGAUGCUGAAGAGUAUCUUGUUCCUCAAGGCUUCAACAUCCCUCCUCCCAUCUACACCUCCAGGACAAGAAUUGAUUCCAACAGGAGUGAAAUUGGACACAGCCCUCCUCCUGCCUACACCCCUAUGUCAGGAAACCAGUUUGUGUAUAGAGAUGGUGGCUAUGCUGCAGAAGUGCCGAUGCCAUACAGAGCUCCUGGCUGCGUAAUACCAGAAGCCCCAGUUGCUCAAGGGGCCACAGCAGAGAUCUUUGAAGAUACUUGCUGUAAUGGCACAAUACGAAAACAAGUGGCAACCCUGGCAAAAGAGGACAGCAGCACCCAGAGGUACAGUGCUGAUCCCACAGUCUUCAUACCCGAGCGGGUCGUCCGGGGAGAGCUGGACGAGGAUGGGUACAUGACGCCGAUGCGAGACAAACCUAAAACAGAUUACCUAAACCCGGUGGAAGAGAACCCAUUUGUUUCCCGACGAAAGAAUGGAGAUCUCCAAGCUGUGGACAACCCAGAGUAUCACAACGCUCCGAACGGGCAGCCCAAAGCAGAGGAUGAGUACGUGAACGAGCCAUUGUACCUCAACACUUUUGCAAACACCUUGGAAAAUGCCGAGUACCUGAAGAACAAUUUGCCAGAGAAAGCCAAGAAGGCCUUUGACAACCCAGACUACUGGAACCACAGCCUGCCCCCACGAAGCACCCUCCAGCACCCGGACUACCUGCAAGAGUACAGCACAAAAUACUUUUACAAACAGAAUGGACGGAUCCGGCCCAUUGUGGCAGAGAAUCCUGAAUACCUCUCUGAGUUCUCCCUGAAGCCUGGCACUGUGCUGCCCCCACCGCCCUACAGACACAGAAAUACAGUGGUGUAGUGACCGUGGUCUUACAGAAGUGGAAAGGCAACCCCUUCUAGCUGCCUCACUCUUUCUCUCUCUCUCUCCUUCUCUCUCUACCCCCUUCCUCCCUCCCUCCCUCCCUCCCUCCCUAUCUUUCUCCCAUGAGCUUCCUCUUCUUGCUAGUUCACUCAUUUUGAUAUUUCUAAGUGAAAGGAUGUCUUGGAGUUGUUUGCAGAUUGGGUUGGGAAUCUGGAAGGAAGGAAGGAAAGAGACUGAAAGAAGGCAUGUACAACCUGGCAUUUCUCGCUUUCCGCAGAUCCAGAGGGUCAGACGGUCAGAGAAGCCAGACAGUACCAGUAAAGGCCAGUGGCAGUGUUGCCUGCUGUUGAGCUAGUUCUCGGUGAUUCAACCCAGACACUGUAGGGAAAGCCACAGAGAGGCUGUUUCUUUCAGCAGGAACUGAUGAGAGUCUGUACAGCAUUCCUGGAAAUCUCAACGCCGUUUCCAUAGGGGGAAAAAUGGACAAUUUUUAUAUCAUGUGUGAUUGCAUAGUAAUUGAGAUUAAGAAUCCAAUUUCUUUCUCUAACACUUUCUAUCCCAGCAACUGAAAAUGGCUAACCUGGCUCUUCAUAAUUGUUCAGAUCUUCAUCGUGGCUUUCCAAGAAAUGAUGAUGUGACUCUAAUACAUGGCUAAACCCUUUUUCUGAGCCACACCAUGAUUUUGUGCCAAUUCCUAACCACAGAGACUCCCGCUCAGAACUGGUACAUGACACGACCAUUUUUGUAUAUGUGCCAACAUGACAAACACUUUAAACACAAAAACCCUUUCAGAAGAGAGUAAAAAACCAUGCCUCCAACGUGUUCUUUUUGAAGCUAAAAGACAGGCCAAGAAGUCAAGAUUUGUAUGCAAAAACUUUGCUUUCCUGUUUUAUACCUGGUGACUAUAAAUGCAUAAAAAGACCUAAACAAAUUCUUCCCUCUUUUUCUUCUUCGUGAUCAUGAAGGGAGUUGGGGAUGCUGUGAGGCAACACUGAGGACAAGAUGGAGAACUGGAGAGUUUGCUAUGGGUCAUGAAGUCUGCUGGUGUUAUGUGGGGUGGUGGUGGGAAGGGUCCUUUAAACUGGAAGACAGACACUGGACUGAAGAAAACGCACAUAGUGGUUCACUGGAAAGUUAGUUUGCACUUAAGCUCCAAUUUCAUUUGAACUGUUUUCUGGAUUUGAAUGAAGCAAUAUGGAAGUGACCAGCAAAAUACAAAAUAAUAAUUUUAAAUUUUAAAAAAAUGAAUUAUAUGUAAACGAUGACUGUGGGAAUGCCAAAAUGAAGCAAAUCAAGUCUUUGGAACAAUGUCUACCAGUUCUGAGAGGCCAUUGCAUUGACUGCUUCAGAGAAUACAGUGACAGAGCAACCAGCUCUUACUGCUGCCAUGUGAAGGACAGCAGAGCAAGCCCUGAAAGGGAUCCAAGGAGACAAAUGUCUUGCUCUGGCUUGCAGCACAGUACGGAAUACUUUCUUCUAAAGGGAGGAUUACUCUGGUACAGAAGACGAUGCAUAUGAGGUUUGAGAAGUCAAAAUACGCAUGACUCCGUCAAAAAUGUAAAUAAGUAUGAGUCAGUCUCCUUGCACUUAGUUCUGCUUUCAUCAACCUCAGUUUUUAGGUAGACAUCCCCAACCCUCUGGCCUGCUCCUCUUUGAUAAUAUCUUUCAGCCAGAGUUCUGGACGUUUUUAGCAACCUGAGGCAGAUGGAGCUGGGAAGGGAGGCGUAAGGGCCAGAGACACUGAUGGCUUGCUCCUGACACACCAAGGCCCAUGUGUGUAGGAGCAUUUGCGUAUCUAGUUCCCACCAAAAAUCUUAAGGAACUAUUAAGUACCUUUGAAGAUCUGCCUAUGUCUCUAUCUAUCGAGGCCUUUAAAAGGGAAGAAACAGUACCUGAUGGAUGGCAAUCUUAGGUGAGACAACAGUGUUUCAGUUUAUGCGCGUCAGUACUAUUAAAGUCAAGAUCUUUGGGGUGACCUAACCUGGCAACAAAACCAGCAAAAACCAGUGGUCUGGAAAUGGCAUCAAGCUCCUCCAGAUUCCUGCCAUCUCAACAGCUUGCCACCUUUAAUCGUAGGGAAGCAGAGGAAGGAGUAAGAAACAAGCAAUAGUUACCCAAAUCUUGGUGGCUGAGGGUCAGCUUGACAAAGGUAUGAAGAGAUUUCAAACCUGGGUUGGUUGUUAUGCUUGUAGGUGUGAAAAAAAUUGUGUAUGAUCAUUAGGUCAAGGUUUGUGCAGCCAACAGCCUGUUUCUACGUCAGGUGUGUUCAGGCCAGCUUGAACCAGCUGCAGAGUGGAUAUUAAACCUGUAAACUGAGUACGUAGCUGAAAAGUCUGAAAACAGCAAGAACAAGUACAGACAUUUGAAGCUAUUAAAAGGAGACAUUGGGUCAAGCGGUACCAAGGUGGCUUGUAGUGGCAGAACAAAAUGACCAGCAGACCGCUAAAGUGGGAUAGAUGGUUACAGAAGCAUCAUGCACCUGAGAGGCCUUGCCUCUUCCUGGUGUGCUCCCGUAACUCCUCAGGAUCUUGGCAGGGGACAGAGGCAGGCAUUGGGGAGGGGCUGGGGGUGCAGAGGGGUGGCACGAGGUCCUGGAGGCACCCCUCCAGGGAAGGUUUGCCAGCGGUAGUGCUCACAGGGUGUCUUCUGAAGCACAGGCAAGGGUCUGCCAGGUUGGGAUGCAAUUGCCAAGCUGCCUGGAGACAAAGACCAGCGCAGGACUGUGGAUGUCCUCUCUCAGUGCAGAAGCAGCUCGGGUUAUAUAGGUAGGUGGAGAAAGGGGUGAUUUGUCCCUGCGCAAGUCUUGUAACAGAGUAACGCCUAAUGGAGGAAAAAUAAAAUCCUAGUACAGCUUAGGUGUUCGAAUUCAAAGAGGUGCACUCAAAGGCUGCUGCGGCAGAAGCAUGCACACCCCCAAACCCAGGUGGGAUGGUGCUGGGAUGUAGCUGCUAAUGGGAGGUGAGGCCUGUUUGUUUCUCUGGUAAUUAAGUAGUACCGGUGUUGGAAACAAGCCCGUUGAAUAAUCAAAAUGUAAAUAAUUGUGGUUUUUAACAAUUUAACAUUUUAUUUCUUACAAAACUUGAAUUAUUUAUUCAUUUUAAUUGUUGUCUGUGGGUGUGAUAUAAUGUAUUAAGUAGCAUGGAAAUGCAGAGGUUCCUUGAAGUGAGGCAGCAUGAAGGCCGGAACGGAAGCUACCUUACACCGGGGCUCUGACACACAGCCAGGCUGGGCCGCGCUGAGCCAUGCCAGCUGUGUCUUGAAUAGCAGAGGGGAAACAAAGGGCUGAUGAACACAGUAAUUCCUGAUGAUGGAAAACUCAACAGACUGCAGCUUCACAAGCAGGCUUUUUUUUUUUUUCCUGGGCUUCUGGUUUGAGUUGCAAUUGCCAAAAACGGCCCUUAUGUUUCCUGCUGUGCCAGUAGUUGACCUUGGUUGCAGUGCAAAGGGCCUGCGUGGUGCUGAGCGUCUGGUUAGCCGCUUCCUUUUCCCCAGUAAGAAUAGCAGUCUUCUGAACACAGCCCGUAAAUCUGCACCUUUCCUCUGGAAGAGUACUGCCUCUGAGCUACUUGGCAGAUUUUUUGUCUCUUUGCCAAAGAAAGUUUAACCAUGGUUAAAGAAAGAAAGCAAAACUGAGCAGAACCAUUUGGCUGCUUUAACCAGAUCAGCAGAAAUACCUGGCUGGCCCUAUGUCACACAUUUGCCUUAGUGGGUACAGCUGCUGGCUUGGUGAAAGUCAGGCAAAUGUACAUGCCAAAAUCACGGCAAACAUUCCACUGUAUUAUGUUGUGAAAGAUGAGGGUCAGGCUUUUUAAUGAAUAAUUACAGGUUUGGGGGGAAAAGCAGGUAUUUCAACGCACAAACGGUGUUUGGUCAGCACAAAGCAGUAGGUGAGAGCACCAGCAGAAGUAUUUUGUCUGGGUGUAAUUAAUUCUCUAGUUCAACAAUGGUAUCUGUACACAGCACUGUCAGUUUUUAUGGAUUUUAUAAUGCAGUCUCCUAUUUGUAAAUGUUUUCCUUUCCCUUAUUGUCACCUGCGCAACAGAAGAGCAGUGACUAACUUUUCAAGCAGAUAUCCAGGUGUGUAUCAGCCAUCAUCCAAGGCACAAAGCAACGCGCUAAGUGAAAGAGAAACAACAGCUUAUUUUUCCACAAUCCCUUUCAGUGAUACUUGUCUUAGAUGUUAUUAUCUACCUGAGGGUUAUUUCAAACAGACGUGGAUGCUGGAUCUGAUUGACUUGCUGUAACGUAAUUGACUGAGACCAACUGCUUUUAAGUUUCCUUCUUCAGCUCUUUCAAAUUUUUCUUUUUCUGCAAAAUAGCCAGGAGGGAUUCUUACAUGGCCGUUCACUCAGAUUGUAGCAGAGUAUUUACAACUUGCUUUCAAACCGGUCAUCUCUCACAGGUAGCAAGCAAUGGAAAUAAAUCCAAGCGAGUAUCAGCAGUAGGAGCUGCCGUGUGGGUCUGUUUCA